UCUAUAUAUUCGUCCAGAGUCCGCGGAGCCCUAAUCCCCUACUCCCCGAACGACGCAUAAAGAGGCAUCUCUCUGUAUGCUUUUUAUUAACAAUGGCCUCUCCCUUCUUUUCUCCAUUAAUUUUAUGUAUUUCUCUUUGGGCUCUACUGAUAUUACCCGCACAUUCACUCACCUGCACCUCCCAAAAAUUCUCAAACAGCAAGCUAUAUGCCAGCUGCUCUGACCUCCCUACACUCGACUCCUAUCUUCACUACACUUACAACGCCACCAACUCCUCCCUCUCUAUCGCCUUCCUCUCAACUCCGGCUUCAUCCGACGGCUGGAUCGCCUGGGCCAUCAACCCCACCGGCACCGGCAUGGUUGGAUCGCAGGCGUUAAUCGCUUUGAAAUCCAGCGGCUCCUUGGCUGUAAAAACUUACAACAUUAGCUCCUACAGUUCCAUUGAGCAAUCAAAUUUGUCUUUUGACGUUUGGGACUUGAAAGCCGAAUCUGGCUCCAACGGUACUUGGGUAAUAUAUGGGUCGUUGAAAGUUCCGGAUAAGGUGGAACAAUUGAACCAAGUUUGGCAGAUUGGAGCUAGAGUUUCAGAUGGUCACCCCAAUAAGCAUGAGUUCGCUCCGACCAAUCUCGACGCUAAGGAAACAUUGUCUUUGGUUGAAACUCCACAAAGUCUGACACCUGCAUCAGCACCAGCACCAACACCAGCACCAUCACCAUUAUCUACGCCUGAAAAGGCUGGACAGUCAAUACUUAGAACUAAUAAUUUGGGCUUGUUUCUGUUUUUAGUAAGUGCUUUGGCUUUAUGAUUUGAUUUUGAUGUGAUCUCCUAUAUUUACUUUGCUUGAUCUCUCCACUGAUAUCUGUAUUUUAAGGAUGAAUAAUUUUUUAUGUUUCAGCCAA